AGAGAUGGAGUGAAAUAAGAAGUGAAUUAUCGAAAUUUAUUUCCUUUUAUAUUUCAAUGCUAUUUAUAAAAUACAUGUUGGAAUGUACGGAGAUAAGACCAAUUCGAAGCAAAAAAAUUUUGAAAGUAUUUAUUCCUGCUAAGAAUUUUUUUCAUUAAAUCUCUGUUUACAUAUUUAUAAGCCUAGUUUAAAAUUAAAGUUUCAGAUGAGUUGAUAUGCAUUUUAGAGUGAAGUUGAAUAUAUCAUCAGGAAGCAUGUACACCUUUUAGUCAAUUAAACAUCUUUGCGUCUAAAGAAAGCCAUAUACAAUGAGUGAAGAUGAAACCAAAUGGACUUGCAAUGUUUGUACUUUUGAGAACUGGCCCAAAUCUCUUAAAUGUACCAUAUGUCUUUCACCAAAGCUAUCCCAUCUUAUAUCUCAAGGCAAAUCACAAGAUAUUUAUAUGAUGGCACCAUUGAUUUCAGAGACUUGUAGUGAUUCUACAGCCCAAAGUAGCAGCAUAUCGUCUAACCCUCAUAAUAAAUGGUCCUGCUCAGUGUGUACCUUUAUGAAUUGGCCCCGAGCUGCCAAAUGCACUCAAUGUUCAUCUCAGCGCAAGCAAAGCCCUUCUCCAACAGAACCUUCAAAUUACACUUUGUCUGAUCUAUCCAAUAAUGCAUCAGUUGAAUCAAGUACAGCAUGUGUUCUUUCAGAUAACUACCAUAAUGACAGGAACAAAUCAUGGAGUCGCUCAAUAAAAUGGACGUGUGCAUCUUGCACUUAUGAAAAUUGGCCCAAGUCGGUAAAAUGUGUAUUGUGUCAUACUCCAAGGCCUAAAAUAGAUCAAUCUUGUCAAACUCUUUGUGAUGGAGAUGAAAAUCGCUUGCGGCAUCGAAUUAAUCGAUGUGAUGUCCCUGGCUUAUAUUCACCAAUCAACUGUCCAACCAUACGUAGGAAUGAUCAUUUACCUCCUGAAACCACAGAAAUACAGGUGUCAACACCGUUAGCAUCAGCAAGUGAUAUAUCUAGAACUUCCAAUAAUUAUUUAGAAGAAUGUAGGUUGCGUAAUGUCCGAAGAAAUAACCGUGAAGUAGACUGGACUUGGCUUAAUGCAUGCAUUGGAGUUGUUGAUGGGGAUGCUGAACCUGUUAUUGAAUACUUAUCUGUAGGUGGGGAUCCUGCCAGGCAGCUAAAUGCCAAUGAAGUAGCUCUGUUAAAAAGACCAUCUGCAUUUGAUUCUGGUUACACUCUGGUGCAUUUAGCUAUACGCUUUCAGAGAGAAGAUCUUUUAUCACUUUUGCUGUCUCAUACUGGUGUGACUAGAACAGCAGCCAAAAGAGUUCCUGCUGAUAUAAGUCGAACGUUAGCGGCUGAUAUUCGGCACAUGAUUGCUGCAUCCUUGAAGCAACGAAGGGGAGAAUUCCCGUGUUACUUCAUUACUGAUUGUGUGACUUUCUCCUUGCCAGCUGAAAUAGAAGAUUUUAACUCUAUUGUUCAAGAAAGGUUAUUUGAUGACCUCCUUGACCGAGAUGCUCAAAAAGAAUUAGAAGAAGAGUCACCUAUUAUAAACUGGAGCCUUGAACUCACAGAAAGAUUGGGCUCUAGGCUUUAUGCUCUUUGGAAUCGAAGUGCUGGUGACUGUCUUCUAGAUUCUGCACUUCAAGCAACAUGGGGAGUAUUCGAUCGUGAUAACACUUUGCGAAGAGCUUUGGGAGAAAGUUUGUGUGAAGCAGCUGCUGUAUUAUAUCCUCGAUGGAAGGAAGCAGAAACCUUACAAGCAAAUUUGUUGCAAUUUUCCUUGGAUGAAACUCAAUGGCAAGAAGAUUGGGCAAUGCUUUUAUCGCUUGCCUCUCAACCAGGUUCUGCAUUAGAACAAAUGCAUAUUUUCACUUUAGCUCACAUACUGCGUAGGCCAAUCAUUGUUUAUGGAGUGAAAUAUGUGAAGAGUUUUCGAGGUGAAGCACUGGGCUAUGCUAGAUUUGAAGGUAUAUAUCUACCUCUUCUUUGGGAGCCAAACUUUUGUUGGAAAUCACCUAUUGCGCUUGGUUAUACACGUGGACAUUUUACUGCUUUGGUGUCAUUAGAGCCAGAAACAGAAGAUGUACUCGGAGCUGGUGCAAAUACACGCUCUGGUGAUGAUUUGCGAGUUAUAUUUUUACCUUUAAUGACAGUAGAUCACCAGAGGUUACCAGUGCAUUUUUUAACUCAAGAAGAGCUUGGUCGAGAAGAAGAAAUAAUGAAACAGUGGCUGGAUUGUUGUGUAACAGAAGGGGGAAUUCUUGUAGCCCAGCAAAAAAUUCUCAAACGGCCUCUUCUUGUUGCACAGAUGAUAGAAGAAUGGUUGGCAUUUUAUCGAGGUCUUAUGAGGCGCCCCAUUACCCGUACAUCAUCUCCAGAUUCCCAUACCCAAGUAUAUUCAAGUGAUGGAGAUUCAGAUCAAGAGUAGCUAAUGUAACACUCAUAUACUGAAGAGGAUGGAUAUGUAAAUAGUGCAUUUCAUGUUGGUUGUAUGAAUGUGAAUAUUCCCGUCCAAGAAGUGGGACUAUUUUGUGUCAUAGCUUCACCCUGUAAAUUUCCAACAUAGUGGGCAAAUGGUCCCAACUCAGCUAUUUUCUCAAAUUAUGUACAGAUAGAAGGACAUGUAUUUAUUCAAUGUACAAUCUUAAUUUAGCUCAACUGAUAUUUAUUUUAUUUGUCAGCAAGUGAAAUAUUUCUAGAAUCUUAACAAUUAUAAAACUUAUAUCAGUGUACAUAUGAUUAUGAGAUCGUACAUUUGUGCAGUAGAAUGUAAUAAUGUAAUUAAGAUGAUAUUCAAGUUUUAAUGUUUUAAUUUUAUGAUUGUUGAUUUGCGUUUUGAGAGUAUUCUAAUUUUUUGAAUUUUUUUGAGAUUAGCUUACAUCUGUGAAUGUGAUAAUCAUGAUUGGUUGCAUUAAAUAUUAAAAAAUGUACUCAUUGUUAUACUUUCAGUUUCAUUAAUCAAUAUUUCCCCCAACUUUUUUUAAAAAAUUUUUAAGAGCCUUAGUGCUUAAGAGGUUUAUUACAUUUGGUAAAAAAUUAAAGUCAGCCAAUAAAACUUAAACUGUAAAUAUGCAUCAUAUUUAUGAACAUUGCUUUGAAAAGUAUUAUGUAUAAAACCACUAGUAAAAUUUUGCACUGUUAGUUUAAAAUUUAAUAGUAUAUGUAUUUGUUGUAACUUAAAAUUAUCAUUUUAGAGAAUUUAGACUACAUUAUGCUAUAAAUAAAUAAACUCAGUCCUCAUAUUUAUUUUUAUUGCUGACUUGACUUUGUUAACUAAAGGAAAAGAAAGGAUUGUUUAAAACUGAAUCUUUUGAGGACUCUUUAUGUAUAUGGAAGGUUUUGUCUUUCCACUAUCAUGAGUUCAGGUCUUUAACUAUGCUAUGCCUGUUUUAAAUGCUUUUUUUUUUUUUUUUGCAUUCAAUGUAUCAACUUGAAGUAAAUGUUAUUUCUAACAGAAAGAUAAUAGAAUUGAUUUUUUUCAAUGCUCAUGCAUGUAUAGAGUAGCAUGACCUGAAGCAUUUUAGUUUAUUGAACUCAUCUGGACUGACUUAUAAAAAGAGUUGUGUCAAAAUUUAUGUACCUUUAUAAUUUAUUAUAUAUAUUCUCUCUUUCUAGAUUCAGCUAUUAAUAUUUCAUUCAGAAUGAUAUAUUGUCUAAAUAGAAUGGUACUUGUAAAAGAGAAAGUAAAUACUAUAGUGGGUUAAAAAUAAUUAAGAACUACACAAAGCAUUUAAAUUUUUUGAAGCAAAUUUAGCAAGUCUGUAGGUCAUAUUUCGUCUAACUACAUAUUUUUCUUCUAUUUUAUUAAAAUUUCAAUUGAAAUUUAUUCUGUUUACUCUAAAUGUUUUGUUUGUUUUUUAAACCUUGUUAUAGUUUUUAAUAAACAUGAACAUUAACUAUCAGAAUUGUAUUCACAAAAAUUUAAGAUCAAAUCACAUUUCAUUUCAUACAUGAAUAGCUAACUUCUAUUUAAAAAAAAAAAAUUGCAUGACAUUUCACCUUUUAAUAAGCAACGUUUAUUAUAAGCAUUUCUUUGGUAAAAGUUAAUUCAGUGGGUCAAAAUCUCAAAUUCUUGUAAAAAUCAAGUUUUUCAUAAAGAGAACGUAUAAGACAUGAAUUAACUCAACGUUCUUUUAUACCUGCUUAUACCUUGCAAAAGUGCAAACUAUGUUAUAUUAGAAUUUUGAUAAUAAAUUAUUGAAAAGCAUAUUUUUUUUAACUAAAUGUUCUUAAGUUGCUUUAAGUUUCGCUUAUCAUUUGCCCCAAUUGACAACAACUUUGUAUAAAUCUGUCAGGAGUUUUUAAAAACAUGAUCCAAACUUGUUACGCAAAUUGUGGAGCAGCAGCUAUAUUUUAAAUAGACAUACAGGGUGUUUCAAAAAGAAUGACCCGAUUUCAAAAAAUCAUAACUAUUCAGAUUUUAAUCCUGUUCAUUAAAUAAAGGUAUCAUUGGAAUUGGAAAAAUUUCGAAUUUUAAGGAGUUGCCGAUAGGUAGUGCUAACUCCCCCCCCCCGAAGAGCAUUAGAAGAUGGUAUAAACAAUUCCAAGACACAGGUUGUUUGUGGAAGCAGUCGAUGCAGAAAUGCUUGCAAAAGUUCCGAACGACUUUGAUUACGGUGUAGACAUAUGCCAUACAUCCAAAGGUGUACGUUUUGAGCACCAUUUUGUACGUUAAAAAACUUUAUUAUUAUCCAUGUAAUAUAAAAUUAAUCUGAGGUAGCUAUUUUCAAUUAUUUUCAUAAUAUAAGCAUUUCAAAUCGGGUCAUUCUUUUUGAAACUGAACCCUGUAUAAUUCUUCUCUACAAAAUUCUGGUAAGAUUAAUUUCUGGUAAGUGAAAUCAAAAUCCUCCACUGAUAAAUCUUGACAGGGCUCUAAUAGUUCUAAGUUAAAAAUUUGAAAUGUUGAUAAUUUAUUAAAUGGACAGCUGCCAAUUCUCUGCUUCUUUACCUGGGAGAUAGUGUAAUCGGUUGAAUAAAAAAAUAAAUACAGUCAAUUCGCGAUAACUCGAAAUUAAAGGGACUGACGAAAAACUUUGACUUGCCGAUAGUUUCUGUUUUUGACAUUUUAAUAUUAAAAACCAUCAAAUAUUUUAAUAUGUUCAUAUAACAAAUAAAAUUACAGAACGUAAAAGUUUUUAAGUACAAUAUGCACAGUGUAAUCAAAAAUAUUGAGAAAAAAAAUCAAAAGCAUAGUUUUGAUUUCAAUACUGCUGGAACCAAUUGAAUAGAGCUGGUUCUACUUCAGGAAAGGUACAUAUCUUCAUUUGUUUCAAAUUCGGAUUCAUGUAUAGUAUCUGCUUUAGAAGUUUUCUUUUUCUUUUAACAUCAUUGACAGAGUACUUGCUUAGAUAUCUUUAAUAGUAAAGAAAAAUUACUAUGUCUGUAAGGAACUUAUCAGCAAAUAAUUGAACUAAAGAACGAAGGGGAACGCAUCUUAAGUCAGCCUUUGAAUAAAAGUAGUCAAUUGAUUUUACAGCUUAAAAGCAAAUUUGUAGUCCAGCAACAUGUCAAAGUGUAAACAGUACAGCAUAACAAAAGAAAACAAGCUAACUCAUUUUCGCAUGUGUAACUCCUUUAUCGCACAUUGGCUCAACAGGUGCUCUUCUUGCUUUACGCGGUCUAUUGGGCAGGAAUUGUAAGUGAAGGUGAAUUAAUUUUUCUCUCAUAGUCACUUGUUUGUUUCCCCCCCCCCCCCCCGUUCUUCUGAAAUAAAUUUCUAGUCAUCUUUGAAAAAAACUUCCAAGUUAAAGGAAGUUAACUUUGAGAUAUUGCGAAUAAUUAGAGUGGAAUUAAAGACAAAGGGGUCGUGACUUGAUUAAAACUUCGAGUUGUAGUAACAUUAGAGUUAUCGCGUAUUGACUGUAUAUAGAAGUUAUGUGUUUAUGUAAUGUCAAGUAGGGAAAAUGAAGGCAGUGGUUCUUUUAUCUUGCUCAUUUUAAACUGGAUCCUGCAAAAUACUAGAAAUUUAAAUUUUUAAUCAAUGUAAUAUGAUCUAUUAUAAUGUAACUGUUAGCUUUCAGUGCAGUUAAAUGCUUUAAAAAAUUGAUAUUUAACUCAGUUUCAUUGUUCAGAGUCAUUUGUUGAAUAUCAAGUUUCAUGUAUAAAACUCUCACUAUAUGUAGCAACAAACAGUUCAUGAGCAAUGAGCUAAGCUGAUGGUCAUACCCUAGCAAAAGGAUUGAAACGAAGCAACUGCUAAUAAACAAAUAUAUAGUGGCUUUUAAACUGAUGUAUUGAAUAAAGGGUUGCCAGUGGUGGGUAGUAGCGAUUUCAUUGGUGGCCUCUUUUUUUAAAUAGCGGCUGCUUUGUUUUACUGAAGUGCCAAAUGACAUUUUUCUUAAUUUGUUAGAAAAAAAUUCUUAAUUCAUAACCUAAUGUAAGUAGUAUAUUUUCAAUAAAUUAGACGGCACCUUGAUUUUGGUGGAAAAGAAGUUACCAAUUACUCAUUGUCUUUUGUGCACUUGUAUGGCCUUUGAAUACAGACCCAUUUUUUUAGAAUUAGGACCCUGGAAUCGCAGGACUCUGGGCUAGCACAGUUCUCACAUGCCUAGCGCUGCCACUGCUCAUUUAGUUGAAUUAACUUUUUCCCUUUUUAACAUUACUGGAGAAAACAUUUAUAAAAUUGAUAGUGAUCAACAGUCAAAUAUAUCUCGACCAUCCUAGCACUUGCACAUAUUUUGUCAACUGCAAAAUACUAUCCAACUAAUUUUGAUUUUUUAAUCUUGGCAAAUCUAGACAGUUUACUUUCUCUGCUCAUUUUCAUAACUGUAUGGUUACUUCACAAUUUUCAAGUUUGUCAAAUAAUUCUUGUAUAAAAUAAAAUUAUCAUUAACGUAAAAAUGUUGUUAGCAAUUAAUGUUUUUAUUUCAGUGUCAGAAACGCUUGUUCCCCUAAAUAAACUUGCAUGUAAUUUUGCAUUACUAGUCAUUUACUCAAAGAAAUCUAAAAACACUGCACUGAUUACAGGAUAAAACGCACUCACUUACAGAAUUCACAGCAAACUAGAUUCUCUACUAUUUUUCUUUCAACAUUUUCCCAGUGUCUUUUUUUUAUUGAAAAUCAGCUUCUGUUCUUCCUUUUAUUCUCUCACACUUGAUUUAAUUUUCUUACUAAACUGCCUUGAACUUGUACUUCAUUUUGUGAAAAAUGUCCAAAACUAAAGUUCCGAUACUUGAAAGUACAACUCAUGAUGUGUUUGCAAAAUUACUUUUUUUUCCUCAUUUUCAAAAUUAUUGUUGUAAAACAUUAUAUAAUGAAUAUUUUUAAAAAGAUUCAAUAAAAUAUCUUAGAAACAUUCUCUUUAAAUUAAAAUAUAAAAUUUUUAGUUCAUCUGAUUUUACAUCAUUUUGUGAAUGAUAUUGAGGUAUUUAAUAUAUAUACUUAAAUAUUUUGUCUUCUUAUCAAAGGGGUUGAACAAUACUUUAAAGCAUCUCUCCAUCUGUGAUAUUGUUUCAAAGUUUUAAAAUAGUUUUUUUUUUUUUAGCUUUUUUGUGCAAAAAGUUUGAAAAUGAUUUUAAAAUUUGGUUUUGAUCUAAAACUUACAUUUAUUGAAGUUUAUGUGACAAACAAAGCAUGCAAAUAAAAUAAUUCAAAUAUUGAAAUGUGAUUCAUUAUUGUCCUUGUUUUUUUCUGUGAGUGAUAUGCCUUACUGAUAUUUAAAAAAAAAAAAUUGCAAUGUACUACAAGCAGCUAUUCCUAUCUAAUAAUUCUAAGGUUUAAAACUUCAUUGCAGCAGCAUUGCAUUUAUAUUGUAGUACAGUAGAACCUCCCUCAAGGGACACCUCUAUAUAAGGAACAUUUUUUCUGGUCCCAGUCCCUUUGAAUAGGGUCCUCCAUGUAUUUGCCUCUAAUUAAGGGACACUCCAUUUAAGGGACAGUCACAGAGAAAAAAUAAUUUUAAAAAAUUAUGUACAAGAUCAUAAGAAAGAGUGAAUUUACUGAAAUACAAGCUUCACUUUUCCUUAAAAUUUAAAUGAAGAGAGUUUAACAUUAACAUAUGUCAAAGAAAGAAGUAUAUAUUGUAUUGCAUGAUUUGCCCACCGGGAUAUUAAUUCAAGUAGGCUCAGGGGCAAAGGAGAAGGCACAGAAACUGACUAGCUUUUUAUAUAAAAAUUAAAAUGUUAACACUAAUCGUAAUUCACAAUGUCUUGCAUGGUAAAUUACAUGACAUGAAGAAAAUUCAUGCAAUGAAUUACUUCCAAAUAAUUGCUUUAUGCUGCAAAACUUUGGACUUAACAAAUUUUUGACGUAAUCAUAAUUAAUGAAAUAAUAAAAACUUUUUUUAAAAAAUUAAUAAGUGUUAAUUUUAUUUAGUUGUGUAUGAAAAAUGAAAAGUAUUUAGUUUUAAGUGUUAAUAGCUUAAGUUCAUAACAAAAUUAUACUGAAUAAAAGACACUGUGUACAUAAACUGAAACACCUCCGAAGAAGGGACACCUCUAUUUAAGGGACAUAAUGUCUGGUCCCAUUAGUGUCCUUUAUUGAGAGGUUCUACUGUAUAUAUAUGUAGUUUGGUUCAUUGAGAGUCCAGUCUAACAAAGGUACAUUUGUGCAACAAAGUAAGAGUUGUAACUGACAUUGAUAAAGCACAAAUUAGCAACCGAUUGCAGACAUGUUUCGGGGUUUCAUGAAACUCCUUUUUCAAUGCAAAAAAGUGGUACUUUUACCCCAAUCUUAGUUUUUUCUCCCUUGAUUUGACAUUCAUUCUUCUUGAUUUAGGCAUCAAGUGCAGAAAAGUAAUCUCACAAUAAAAUAUUCUGAAAAGCAAUUUUAAAUGGAAACUUGGCAUACCAACAAUCCUCCAUGGUCAUUGAUAGCAAAUAAAUUACACCAAUAGCAAAUAACUCCAUAAAAGUGGGGGGGGGGGACCAGAAACAUACCGAAAGAAAAUUGCUCAUUACCGUCUCUUCUGGUAAGCUAUUCCAAGUGCCCACGAUCCUGCUAAAGUAGUAGUUUUUCCUGAUUUCCAAGUUAGCCUGAGAUUUAAAUAGCUUAAAGCAAUGACCCCUUGUCCUGCUUUCCCCGCAAAAAUUUAAUCCAUUUACAUCUUUCAUUUUGAUGAAUUUAAAUAACUGAAUCAUGUCCCCUUUGACUCUCCUUUGCUCCAGGCUAUACAUGUUAAGCCUAUUAACUCUAGUAUCAUAAUCUAAAUCUGACAGUCCCCUUACUAAUUUUAUUACCCUUCUUUGAACCCUUUCCAAUACAAAAAUAUCUUUCUUCAGACAAGGCGACCAAAACUGAACAGCGUACUCCAAAUGAGGUCUUACUAAACUCUUAUAUAAAGGCAGAAGAACUUUCUUAGAUUUGUUUGAAAUAGAUCUAUUGAUAAACCCAAGCAUUUUGUUGGCUUUGUUACUAGCAAUACUGCACUGUUGACUAAACUUGAAGUCCUAAUCCAUUAAGAUACCCAGAUCCAUAAUUUUCUGCCUGAUUUAUGACUGAACCCUGUAAAUGAUAUCUCAUACGCUUAUUUCCACGACCUAAGUGUAGCACUUGACAUUUCCGUACAUUAACUGCCAUACACCACUUAUCGGCCUACUUAGUAAUAUAAUCUAAAUUCUCUUGAAGCUGUUUUACUUGUUCUUCAUUUUCUACAAUCCACAUAACUUUUACAUCAUCAGCAAAACAAUUCAUGCUUCCAGAAAUAUUUUCAUUGAUGUCAUUCAUAAAUAUAAUAAACAAGAGAGGCCCUAAAACUGAUCCCUGA